AUGGUGGCCCCGGACCCCAUCGACGACGUCUCUACCCACCCGAUGGUUAGUGCUGCGCGCACAACGCCGUCGGCGCUGAGCAGCUACCUCCGGCGCGUUCGUCGAACCUGCGGGCUUGCGCCGCCUGUCCAGAGUGACGUGUGGCUGCGCCUUCUGUUCAACAUGCUUCCCGUCAACUCGCGCUUUGCCUACCUCCAGCGCCAGCGCCCGGACGCCAUUUGCUGCGCGUACGGCUGCGGCGCCGCCGAAUCGCAACAGCACGCGUUCUACGACUGCGAGGUCGUCCACCAAGUGUGGGCGCUCCAUGCCGGUGCCUGGCGGCGCUUUGGCGUGACGUUCUCGUGGAACACGAUUUCGGACAUUGAUGCCUUCUCGGUCAACGGUCGUGGCGAACCGCACAAGGCGGCGCUGCGCGUGCUCUGGUCGCUGCUCACGGCGUCACUGCUCCACCUCAUCUGGAAACAGCACAACGGUGUGCAGUACGAACACAAGCGCGCGAUUCCGGCCGCCGCGUGGCACGACCUGUCGUUUGUCGGGUGGAUGGCUUCCGUGCGCCACUGGCUGCGCCUUCAAGAUGCCGACUGCCCGGCGCGCGCCGCCGUCCUGGACGUUGUGCGCAUGCUCCACGGCCAGCCUGCGUACCAGCCUCUUGUCGCCAAGUACCCGCUCCUUCUGCGCCUCGGCCCGUCGCUGCGCCCGGCCUAG